AUGGCUACACCAAACGAAUUUAUGGAUGCAGCUUCAGAUCCAGCCUACCUACCAGCUUUUAAUGCAGCAGUGAAGGAGCUUGGCUACGGUCUUCAUUUCUCUAUGAUUGGUGCUUGCCGUGAUCUGAAAGCCCGCGGGGUCAUAGUGGACGAUAGCGCUGCAAGUCGCCGUAUUCCAACUCAGGACGAAGUAGAUAAGUGGCACGAUGUGCUGGAAAAGCACGGUCUUGAGAAAGCUGGGCAGAGACUUUUCAAAAACCCAGAAGAGUACAUAAAGAUUGUACAGUAG